UGGAUUUUCAAUCUACAGGUAUAGUUAUGUCUGCAACCGCCGGAAAACGGAAGGAAAUCUACAAAUAUUUGGCACCAUGGCCAUUAUAUUCGAUGAACUGGAGUGUGCGACCAGACAAACGAUUUCGUCUGGCUCUGGGGAGUUUCAUUGAAGAAUACAACAAUAAAGUGCAAAUUAUAAGUCUGGAUGAGGAGACCAGCGAAUUUAGUGCUAAAAGCACUUUCGAUCAUCCAUAUCCCACAACAAAAAUUAUGUGGAUACCCGAUUCCAAGGGCAUAUAUCCCGAUCUUCUAGCCACAAGUGGUGAUUACCUACGUGUUUGGCGCGCCGGUGAACCAGAUACCCGCUUGGAAUGUGUUCUAAACAAUAAUAAAAACAGUGAUUUCUGUGCACCAUUAACUUCAUUCGAUUGGAACGAAGUUGAUCCAAAUCUAGUUGGUACUUCAUCGAUAGACACAACCUGUACAAUAUGGGGUUUAGAGACGGGACAACCACAUGGUCGCGUGUAUGUGGCUGGACAUGUAAAAACACAACUGAUAGCCCACGACAAAGAGGUAUACGAUAUUGCCUUUUCGCGGGCCGGUGGUGGUCGUGAUAUGUUUGCUUCAGUCGGAGCUGAUGGUUCAGUACGAAUGUUUGAUUUAAGACAUUUGGAGCAUUCAACAAUUAUUUAUGAGGAUCCCACACAUACUGCUUUACUGCGUUUGGCAUGGAACAAACAGGAUCCAAAUUACUUGGCCACCGUAGCAAUGGACUCGUGUGAAGUUAUAAUAUUAGAUGUCCGUGUUCCUUGUACACCUGUUGCAAGACUGAGCAAUCAUAGAGCGUGUGUCAACGGUAUUGCGUGGGCGCCGCACAGUUCCUGUCAUAUAUGCACUGCCGGUGACGAUCACCAAGCACUGAUCUGGGAUAUACAGCAAAUGCCACGUGCAAUCGAGGAUCCAAUUUUAGCGUACACAGCCGCCGAAGGUGAAGUCAAUCAAAUACAAUGGGGUGCAACGCAACCCGAUUGGAUUGCAAUUUGCUAUAACAAAGCAUGUGAGAUCUUGCGGGUCUAGAGACAACAUAGAAAUCGUCGCCGUAGCAAUGCUCAAAGGACGUUGUAUAUUGGACAAGUUCUCAUAUAUGCACCACCACCACAACAACAACAACAGCCACAACCACAGCCACAACAAAAUUUAAUAAUAAUGAAACAAAAA